AUGGACAAACUGGCAGCUGAGCUCAUACUGCGCCCCGCGUCAGCGGAAACGGUGGACCCGACGCCGACGACAGCGGCGGAUACCGUGAAUGCGACAAUUGUAAAACAUUUGCAAGCGAUUAACAAUAAAUUUGUAAUCAACAUUGUGCAACACAUCGAUGAUGUCUACCAUUUUCACAAUCUCAUCUUUUACAUAUCCGAGAAACUGAAUCUGAACAGUGCCGGAGGCACAGAUUUCUUCAAUCGCUUCUGGCUAAAGUUCCCGCUAGUGCCGCGCAUAAUUGUGAGAAACAACAAUAGCUCGGCCAAUUCGAAUACGUCGAUAAGAAGUCUAAUAAGCACGCCGUCUCUGGUCAUGAUCUUCACAACGCAUCACACGGAUCCCAUUAUGGAGGUGGCCUCGCAGGGACUGAAGGGCAUGCGCUGGCUGAAAACCAUAUUUGUGCUCUUUCCGUAUCUGAGCAGCAGCGAAUAUCACGAUAGUUUCGAUACGUUCACCCAGUUCUCCAACAUAUUCCGGGAUGUGCUGCACUGGGCCUGGGCCAAGCAGUUCAUCAACACAUUUCUGCUGACCAUCAACAACAAUGUGUACCAACUGGAUCCGUACCCAAAGCUUAGCAUUUUGAACAAAACCCAACAGUGGCGCAGUUGGGACUUUUACAGGCAGUACAACAACAAUAUGAUGGGCUAUCCGCUAAGCACGCCCAUUUUUUAUGAUAUGCCUCGUGUUUUCCGGGGCGCCGAUCAGAAGACUGUCUACGGCACUAGUGCCAAGCUAUUUCAGGGCUUUCUGCAGUUUGUGAAUGCCACAAUGCUGGACACUAGCGCCAAUCUGACCAUAAAGAGCUUCGAUUUGCCCAAUCUCUUGGAGCUGGUGGCACAGGGCGUCUACGAGACGCUGAUACACUCCUACACGGAUCUCGUGGGUAACUAUUCGGUGAGCUUCAGCUAUCCCAUUGGCAUCAAUGACUGGUGCCUGAUGGUGCCCUAUCGCAACGACUCGCUGCAGGAGCUCUAUGUGCGCGAGGCACUCCAGGACAAUAUCUGGCUGCUGUUGAUCCUGACCAUGCUCUACGUGAGCUUUGCCAUUUGGUUAUGCACGCCGCAGCGGCCGCGUGAUCUGAGCGCCGCCCUGAUGCAGUGCAUCUGCAGCCUGACAAACAGUCCGCCAAUAUUUAUACUGCGAUCAGCUGCACGCCGGAUGCGCUAUUUGUACAUGGUGCUCAGCAUCAUGGGAUUGGUCGCCUCCAAUAUGUAUAUCAGUAAAAUGACCAGCUAUUUUACCUCGGCGCCGCCACAGCGACAGCUGAAUACUGUGCAGGACAUCAUUGAUGCCAAUCUGAGGAUAUUGGUGCAGGAAUUUGAGUACAAUGCACUUAGCAGCCGAUUGGAACAGUUUCCGGCCCGUUUCCUGAAGCAAGUGAAUAUCGAGGAUGCGAACUUCAUUCAGCAGCAUCGCGACCUGCUGAACGCCACCUUUGGCUAUUUUGUGUCCAGUGAUCGUUGGGAUACAAUUGUCAUGCUGCAGAAGCAUCUGCGUGUUCCCGUCUUUCGGCUGACGCAGAUCUGUACGGGUCCCUUCUAUCAUGUCUUUCCCAUGCAUCUGGACUCGCAUCUACGCUCGCCGUUUCAGAACUUUAUUCUGAUCUCCCAGGAAUCCGGCCUGGGCCUUCACUGGAAGUGGGAGGCUUUCUGGGAGGCUUUGUAUAUGGGCGUCAUACGGCUGAUUAUUGUGCACGAGCAGCCGCAGCCGCUCAGCAUGAGUUUCUUUUCCAGCAUGAUGCGCACCUGGUGCAUUGGCCUGGUGCUCGCUGGAUUCGUUUUUGUGCUCGAGAUGAAGUGGCAUCAGCUUGUGCUCAAAGAAUACUGCCUAAAGCUGUGGAACAGACUGCGCAGGAUCUUAAGAAGGCGCAGAAGCGUUAGAAGAAAAUAA